CGUUACGCCACCUAUCGGUGAACCCAUCAAUUUGACCUUGACAUUCAACAUGGCUUCCAAUUAAUCGAAAGUCCGAAUUCGAAAUUUUAACCAGCGAUUGCUGGAAAUACAGACAUUUUGAAGAGAAGUUUGUACAAAAUAUCGAGAGUUCAGCUUGGGGAGUAUCAACAUGGCGAGUCACCAGCAACGCCAUCCCGAUAAGAAGGGUAAAAAAGGGGAGAAAAAGAAGGCGAUGAGUCAGGUGAACGUUGACAAGAAACUACCAAAGGUGCUCAAUUAUCUGCUGUAUAAAGGUGGCGCUACAGAAAAAAGCAUAACCGUCUAUGAAGAUGGUGGGGUUCCCAUCAGUGAUAUUCUAGCUCUACCACAAUACGGUGAUCUCUAUACUGAAGAAGAUAUUAUUAGAGUUGUUAAGCAAGAUGAGGACCAUUCGUUCAAAGUUGACCACAAUCCAUCCACGAAGCGCCUUGUUGUUCGGCCAACAGAAGUUGUGGUGCAAGAGCCCAAAUCUGAAAGCCAAAUGCCAGUUGUAAACAGCAGCAACUCUAUAGCAGCAAACAGUCACCAUAACAACAUAACAACAACACAUCAGCAGCAACAACAAAAGCAGCAGCAACAACAGCAACAGCAACAAUUCCACAGUGCAGUACAAACUAAUAAUCUCCAGAAGAAUAAUUCAUUGUUCAUCCCAAUAUCACCUGGUGUCCAGCAACUUCUUAAAGAAGAGGCUAGGAAAGAAGAAAAAACUAUGGAGAGACCAAAGAAAGUGCCCAUCAGUAUAAAGCCUAAUAAGGGUGAACCUGAUAAGAAGGUACAAAAACUUGUCAAAACUCUGGACUUCCUGUUGUGUAGGGGUGGGGCAGAAUCUAAAGGUCUUUCUCUUGAUGAUGAUGGCACAUUACCUGUCGGUGACUUCCAGGCUCACGAGCAGUUCUCCUGCUAUAAGAUGGGCGACAUCCACAAUGCCGUGGCGUGCAGUAACAAUGGUCUCAUUCUAGAGAAAAUCUCGCAAACAGGCCAAAUUUUUCUACGUGCAGUAAACAACUCACUUCAACCAGCUCGGGAAAAUGAUGCUGAAGAGUCAGAGAAUGGCUUACUCCCGAGUCCUAGUCCUCUCACAUCUCCUCGCUCAGAUAUUAGCGAUGAUACAGAAUCUGAACACAGUGAUCACCACACAUCUCGCAGGAAGAAAAAGAACAAAGCUUAUGAGGCACGCAGUGAAUCAGAUCAGAGUGAUGAUUAUGGAAAUAACUAUAAGCAUCAGCAGCAAUCAGAAUUAGUGCCAGACACCCCCCUCUCAGACCAAAGCAGUACAGAUAACCAACCUACUCCUCAGAAAAAGAAAAAGAAGGAAAAGGUUGAUCCUGAUGUCAAACUUCCCAAGAUUCUCAACUUUCUAUUCUACAAGGAUGGAAUAUCAGAAAAGAAUUUCAAACUCAACCAAGAUGGAUUCGUAAGUGCGAACGAUAUCUUAGAAUGCUACUCUGACUUUACACUCCAAGAUCUUAAACGGGUGAUCUCAGCUGAUUCUGGCGAGAACUACAUCACGUUGACCGACUCAUUCACUCAGACUCUCCUGCUGAAGGCUGCUAGGGACCCACCUCCUAAACCUUCUGACAACGAUAUGGGGUACUGGGAGGAUCCCUCCUCCCCCACCUCAAGUAAUGGUGCUAAAGGGUUCCCUGGAGGCAUCCCAGAUAAAAUGGACCACUGGGAUGGUAAAGACAAAGCAGGUAGCGUGAACGGAAACAGUCAGAGUAGUGAUGCAGAUUUUGGCCAAUGGGAAAGCGGAGAGGGUGGGAGCUCAUAUAAAGGUUAUGGGAGGCAGCGUAGUCGGGAAGCUUAUAAAGAUAACCGCUACAGGGACCCACGAAAGGACACAUCUUGGAGGAAACUGCUGAGCACGUUACAUUGGGUGUUGACAAAAGGUGGUGCUGAAAAACUAGGGAUAACUGUUUAUGAAGAUGGUUCUGCCUACGUACAUGAGAUUCUAGCGCUCUGUCGCGACCUCCAGGGUUUUACAAUUGAAGAUGUCAAAUAUGCCAUAGCCAAUGAUGAGCGUCAAAGCUUUGAUUGGGAUCUCUAUUCUGGGGACAAGAAGCCCAUUGUAUGGGCAAAGGCUCAAAAGAAACGGGAUGAUGUAUCCAUUUCCAAAUCAUUAUCCUGGCUGCUAAGACAUGGUGCUGAAAAGAUGGGCUUUCAAUUAUCUGAAGGCGGAUUCUUGUACAUAGAUGACAUUCUUACAACUGAAAAAUUCCUGGGAGUUAGUGAAGAAGACAUUGUGCGAGUGGUUGAGUCUAACGACAAACAAAGAUUCGCAAUUCAAAAGCAUCCCAAAAACGGCAAGCUGCAAAUCCGAGCAAAUCAGGGCCAUACUUUAGAGGUAGAAGGUUUGGAUCUAAAGCCAAUAGAGAAUCCCUCCACUUAUCCCACUGUUGUCCAUGGAACUUACCUCAAGUCAUGGGACAAAAUAAAAACACAGGGCUUAAGCCGUAUGUCCCGCCAACACAUCCAUUUAGCUCCAGGGGAGCCCAGUGACUCCGGUGUAAUUAGUGGCAUGCGAGGGAGCUGUGACCUUCUCAUAUUUAUUGAUCUACAUAAAGCCAUGUCAGAUGGGUUGAAAUUCCACCUGUCUGCAAACAAUGUGAUACUAAGCUCUGGCGAUAAGCAAGGGUACCUCAGGCCCAAGUAUUUCAAAGAUGUCCUCAACAGGAAGACAAGGCAAAGAAUUCCAUGGAAAUAGUGUGCCGAUGUAGCCAAGUAUUGCAACGCUGCAGGGUGAUUCCAAUGAAGAUAUUCAUGCAAUUACAUUAGAGUGCCCAUCAGACAGUCUCAAUGAAGUCAUGCCAUUUCAGGUUUUAUUCAAGGAAAAAAUGAGUAAUGUUUGAAAGCCAUUCAGUUCUAACUCAAGAUGAUGUUUGAAGAGUUCAUGGUUAGAUAUACUGAAACCUAGAUUGAGUUUCAUGGUUUUCCUUACUUUCUGGUUUUAUAUGUGAAAUCGCAUGACAAAUUGGGAUAUGUGUGUUUGGAUACAUACAGUACAGCUCAAUAUUACACUAACACCAGUGCUGGAGAGACAUUAGGAUAUGCAUGCCUAUACCUCGUGCGAAGUUUAUUUAAACUGGUACUGUGGCUGGGAAACAGGCAGCCCUUUCCAAGACAAAAAAGUCAUUGUUUACAAGGAAUGUAUCACUUUCCCAUGAUUCUCAUCUUGGAGUUGGAUAUACAGAUCGUCCAUGUUCAAUAUUAUAUCCUUCAUGUUCCGAACUUAUGAAGGGCAUCCAAGGAAACAGCUUUGAGGUCUGCAUCUUUUAAACAUGCUCAUUUGGUCAAGUUUUCUUGAUGAUUAUUCAAAUUGUUACUGGAAUCAGUAAUCUCUCAAGCAUAAGAUCAAGUGGGUGCUUAAAAUUACUGGCAAUUUCAUUGAAAAUCCCCUAGUCAUGUAAUAUUGAGGUACUUUGACAAAAACAGAAAAUAUUGCGAUUCAACUUUCUGUUGAGAAAAAAUCUUGUCCAAUUGGGAAAUGUUGUUUGGGUGAUGAUCCUCUCUAGUGAAAAACUGUAAUCCUUGUACAGAAUUAAUACCAAUGCCAAUUGUAUUUAUACUGUAAUUUGGGGUUUUCACCAUUGUUUGACAUUGACAACUUUCUUGAUUUGCUGUAAGAUGACAUUGUGAACUUAUAAGUAACAGACUUUUGGAUGUCCUCAAACAAAAUUGCUGAUAUCCCAUAUAAAGGUGUCAAGUGUCUAUUUUGGAGUGUUGUUGAGUACUCAGACCUUUGAAGUCCUAAAAUUGAAAUAAAAUGCAAUGUGAUUUUACCAUAUAUGGAUAAAUUACAAUCUAAGGCAUUUACUCAAGAAAUUCCUCAACUCAUGUGAUCCUACAUGGACCUGUUACCUGAUUGGUCAUUUUUUCUUGGAGUUGUGCAUUGAACUGGGUUAUGAUUGGAGCACUGAUCGCUGUAUCCAUGGUGAUGUGAGCACUUUGCAAUGUAGUGAUUGGAUACAGCUACAUAAUACUGACAUCUGACAUAUAAUGCAAUGCUUAUUUGUGGAUACAUAUUCGUUUAUGUACCGUGUACUCUGUACUUAUUUGAUUCUUGAUUGUGUUAAAGUCAAUAUUUUGGGGAUUUCUGGAGUUAGUACAUUGUAUACUAUAAAACAUGAUUGAACUCUCAAUUGUUUUGGAACAAUCCUCGUAUGGAAUGACGCACAGGUUGAUGUUCAUGUGAAUGAUACAGAUCACUUUAGAAAUGCUGAAAUAGGCAUCCAAACUGAGAAGUGAGAAACAUCCCAUUUAUAUAACAUAUAAUUGAAUAAUAUAUUGUUACCAAGUCCGAGUUGUUAUAUGAUUUGUCGUAGUUCUUCUAAUGUUGUGCUAUUUUUAUUUUUAAAUAAUGAAUGUUUUGAAUACAUAUACACCAAAAUGGUGGAAUUAUUUAUAUAUUAAGAACCAUUGUUGAGGUUCAGUCUUAGUCAGGAGCGAUAUUUUAAUUUAAUCUUCACAAUGCAUGUUGCGAAAAUAAAAAGCAUCAAUUAAUUGUCUUUGACGUAAGUUGUUGAAUGAAAAGUUCAAUAAAAACUAUAUGCUUGAUCUGAGUAUUUGAACAAUUCAAGAAAUGUCGAAUAAAUCUGAAGCAAUGGUUAAGUCCCAUCUUGGGCUCCCAACCCGAAUUCUUGCCUGUUCAACAGGGGUACAUCCUGAUUGAACGCACAGAGCUUAAGUAAUCAGAUUUAUCUGGAUAUUUCUUGGUGACUCCAAGGAAAUUUCACAACAGUUACAUCAUAAACAUCUCUCGCAUUUACGAAGGCUUGGAUAUAGUAUAUCUGAUAUCUAUUAAGGUGGGCUGUAUACACACAAGUUUGUAUCAUAACAACAUGCACAAAAUGAAAGACGAGGGCCACCUUAAUUAUGCUUUGCUAUUAUUAAGACCUGUGACUGUUGUGAAAUGGUUUGAAAUGGAGAACUUCACAUAGUGUUGUUGUGUGAAUCAUUCAGUCAAUAAAAUAGUGAACUCUAUUGAAUGUGUUAAAUAUAAAA